AUGCAGGGUGGCCACGGAUACUACGGCGGCGGCUCCCCGCCUCAGGGCUACGGCUACGGUGACCAUGGCCACGAGGCCGGGUACUACUCCAACAUCUACCCGUCGGUGCCUGAUGACCCGCUCGCCGGACAGAAGGCGCACGAGUUCACAGCGGCGCCGACGAACGAGCUCCAGUUCCAGCCAUCGGAGACGUGCCCCAAGAACUACUUCAUCUUCGACCAGACGUACGCCGAGAGCCGGGUCAUGUUCCACCCCUCGCUGGCCCACAAGUUCGAUGCCGGGAAGAGCACGUACCGGGAUAAAGACUACGACGACAGCUGCUCGGUCCGGCAAAGGGAGGACACCGACGAUAUCGACGCGCUGCUAAGUUCCGAGGAGGACGACGUGGUGAGCACGGGGCGGACUCCAGGGUACCGAGACGGGAGCUCCCCCGACUCGUGCUCGUCCGGCAAGAAAAAGAAGGAGCGGAUGAAGAAGAUGGUGCGGACGCUCAAGGGCAUCCUCCCCGGCGGCAACCAGAUGGACACGCCGGCCGUGCUGGACGAGGCCGUCAAGUACCUCAAGUCGCUCAAGGUGGAGGUCAGGAAGCUCGGCGUGCGCGGCUCGGACAGCUAG